AUGUUGAACCCUGCUUCUCCGGUCUCGCCUACCUCUCUCGGGAGGAAACGACCACACCCCCCUGCUGAACGCUCCUCGACCCAGCCGGAGUCUGCGGCGCAAACGCAGCAGCAGGCCUCUCGCGAUGGCGCUGCGAAAGCCCCCCCGGCCACCGUGACGACUUCCUCGUCCUCGUCCUCCUUCCGCAAUGUCUCCGCCUGCAACCGAUGCCGGUUGCGUAAGAACCGCUGCGACCAGCGACUCCCCCGGUGUCAGUCCUGUGAGAAGGCCGGUGUGCGCUGCGUCGGAUAUGAUCCCAUCACUAAACGCGAGAUUCCGCGCAGCUAUGUCUAUUUCCUCGAGGCCCGCGUCGCUUACCUAGAGAAAACGUUGACGGACCACCAGAUUGGAUUUAAAGAGGCUAUGGCGUUUGAUGAAGAGGAGGCUAUCAAGGUAGAGGCGGGAUACGACCAGGCUCAGCCACAGAUGUCUGGCGCGGAAGGAUCGGUGGGUACCGAGACCUCUACCACUACCGCUGUCAAAAGCGACAAAUGGGUUCGGCAAAAAGGAGAGAAGGACGCUCUGGUUCAGCGAUCGGGAAGGAACCCGGAGAGUGAACAGGAUCCGGAGAACAGCCGGGAUUAUGAACAGGAGGACAAUUGGCGCAUACACAAUCUCGUGUCGAAUAUUGGCAUGGUAUCGGUGCAAGGGACUUCUGAUCCACGCUAUCUGGGGUCGACUUCAGGAAUUUCUUUUGCGCGUGUCGUCUUCGCUGCGGUGAAGAGCUCCGUUGCCGGCAACGUCGCAGAGCGCGGACCUAUGCGGCCCAGCGAACGCUUGCCGCAUAGUGCUACAGGAACCGCAGGGAGUGCCAUGCGGGAUUCGUUCUUCGGUCUUCAGACAAGGCCAAUGAUGAAGUGCGCGGCGUUCCCUGACCGAGAAUUGGCGGAAAAGCUUGUCAACCUUUAUUUCGAGCAUGCAAACCCGCAGAUGCCUAUCCUCCACCGGGAGGAUUUCAUGGAACUCCUCGAUCGGACAUACUCAGUUGAAGAAAAGGACCGCUCUUCUCGCAGCCUUUAUACCCUAAAUAUUGUCUUUGCCAUUGGUGCAGGUAUCAUAUUCGAAGAUAAGAACAGCUCGGAUGAUGAGGACAACAAGCAGAGCAACCGCAGCCGCUCACCAUCCUCAUCCACUGCAAAGAGGCCGCGGCUUUCCAGCCAUCAGCAUCAACCAGAAGAGUACCAUGCCUCUGCCAUUAUUCAUCUGGAGUCUUUCCUCGGCGCUUCGUCAUCGAACGACGGGUUCGGUGCGCUGGAGGAGCUGCAAGCCGUCCUCCUGUUGGCCAGUUUUGCCCUUCUUCGGCCCGUCGCGCCGGGCCUUUGGUAUAUUGUCGGAGUCGCUAUGCGACUAGCGGUUGACCUUGGUCUUCAUUAUGAGGACGGAACUGGUAUCGACUCGGUCGGCGAAGAGAGCCUCGAUCGCCCGUCUAUCAAGGGUGAGAACAAAGCUAAGCUGCGGAUCCACACUCGCGAGCGUGGCCGUCGAGAAUGGGUUCGCGAUCUUCGCCGGCGAUUGUGGUGGUGUGUUUACAGCUUUGAUCGUCUCGUCAGUUGCUGUGUUGGUCGCCCUUUUGGAAUCAGCGAUCAAGCUAUUAGUACCGAAUUCCCGUCCCUUCUCGAGGACAAGUAUAUCACCAAGUCUGGUAUUGUCACGCCACCUGAAGGCGCCCCUAGCUACAAAUAUGCGGCACACCAUUACUUCAAGCUGCGGGUGCUGCAAUCUGAGAUUCAAGAUGUCCUUCAACAUCAACAAGCCCGGUUCGUGCGGCAAAAGGACCCAUAUUCGGCAAAUACAGUUAUCCGCUCUGACCUUGCGUCUCCCUUCCUUCAAGGUUUCGACUCAUUCCGCUCAUGGCGCAAAGAUGUUCACCGGCGAUUGAGAGAGUGGCAGGAAAGCGCGCCCACCCGUAGCGAAACAGGGGUGCAGUUUUCGGUGGAGUUUCUUGAACUCAAUUACUGGCAGGCCAUCAUCAUGCUCUAUCAGCAGAGCUUGACGGUUCCUGCGGAAUUAGCCGGAGAGCUGACACCGGCGGAGGAUGUCUCCAGCCCGUCGUUCUCGAAUGUGGACGACGCUGAAGAUGAAGACGACAUAUACUACAAGGUUGCAGAGGCAGGGCAGAAAGUUAUCCGUAUUUAUCGCCAGAUGCACCGUGUCCGACUAGUGAACUAUACAUAUCUUGCAACACAUCAUAUAUUUAUGGCGGGUAUGACAGAGUCCCUCGCUCUCUAUUGCCUCGCUGCUUACACUGUUCUAGGUAUUUCAUUUUUGUAUGCGAUAUGGCACUCACCUUUCGUGCGAAGUCGCUUGACGUUGGACGAAGUCGAUUUCACUGUGCUUGCCGCAACAUCUGUCCUUGGGGACUUGAUGCACAAGUGUCCCCCGGCAGAAGCUUGUCGAGAUGCCUUUGAACGAAUGAGCAAAGCCACCGUUCAGAUGAGCUUAUCGACUACCGGAUUUGGAUCUCAGGUAGAUUUAUCUCGAAUUCAAAUUGCAUCUCAGCAGCAUCAUACUGGUUAUACAGGCCGAACGAGGAGUUCUGGAAGAUCCGCUUUGGAGCAACGACAGCGCUAUACCCAUGGCCCUCGGCGGCAGACGCAGACACGCCAGUCUCGACCAUUGCCAAAAUUCGACAUGAACCUUGGCGACCUCUUCAAUGAUCCUGGGCCCGUUCCGGAUCGCGCCGGCAGCGGUACGAGGAAGCCGGUGCAGACGUAUCCAAUGCGAGCCGAGUACCCAGAGUCAUCGACGCCGAACUUUGGCGCCGACCUUCCGCCCCGGCCUCAUCCUCAACGGACACCAUCUAUGGAGUAUUAUGGAAGCUACGAAAAUCCUGUCUCUCCACAGACACAGCAGCAACAGUAUUUCUAUAACAAUUCCCCGCAGCACAGCGCAUCCUCAAGCAGCGCCGCCCCCAAUGCAGGCCAGCCUCAAUUCUCGGCCGCGGACCAAGAGAGUGCGGCAGGGAUCAGCCUUGAUUUCUUAGACUUUGAAUCCACGGCGGCGGAAAACACAGUUUCCGCGGGCUCAGAUGGUAAUCCCGAGUAUAACAUGUCAGCCAUACCCUCGCUGGGUCACGGAGUUGGUCAUAGUGUUGGAAUCGACCUCGGAUUCGGCAUGGCGGUCGACUUCCAGCAUGACUGGAGCGAGAAUGCCAAUUACGAUAUGCUCGAAGGUUAUUUCUUCGGGGGAUCAGCGGGCAAUCCACCAGGCGAUGGGUGA